AUGGAUUCAAACAUCAAGUACUUGACAGACGAGGAGGUUGACAUAUUUCUCAGAGAACUGGACACUGACAAUGACGGCGUGAUUGAAUACGACGAAGUCGAAGCCAAACUCGACCAAGUAUUCAAAGAAUUAGCUCCCGAGCCAGCAGAACAUAACCUCCAUCAUGAAGACCGCUCAGAGAAGCGACACCAAUUCUUACGAAGCUUCAUGGGGACGCAUAAAGAUCACGUUUCCAUCACUGAGUUCAAAGGGGUAGUCGAAUCAUGGCACAUCCCUUCAAUGGAGCAAGAGAAGAAAGAGGAAGACGAGCAAGCAGACUUUGUCAAGAAAAUGUCUUACGCAAGACGCCUCCGCGCUUAUUGGGAAGUCCAUGGACCGGAGUAUGGUUUUCUCGCUCUCGUCAUCAGUAUGCAAACUGCUUUUGGGGUCUGGCAGCUGAUCAAAUACCUCACUACGGCUCCCUAUAGGGAGACUUUUGGCUGGGGUGUGGUAUUGGCAAAGACCUCUGCCGGGGUAUUGUACCCGACAAUGUUUUUUCUGGUUUUGUCCAUGUGUCGCUGGCUAAGCACUGCUCUACGACGCUUUUAUUGGAUCUCGAGGUUUGUCAAUUGGGAUCUCUCGCAGGCAUUCCAUAUCAAGAUGAGCAUUGUCGCGUUGGUAUUUGCUUCACUCCAUGCUAUUGGUCAUUUGACUGGCAGUAUGCUGUUUGCAAGCCGACCUGCUCAACAGGAUGAAGUCGCUGCUUUUCUUGGCCCAGAUGCUGUACCGAGGCCCUAUGUUGCCUGGAUACGAUCACUUCCAGGAUGGACAGGUCUUGUUAUCUUUGGCCUCUUCUGGGUUAUUGGUGCAACAAGCCUACCUUGGGUCCGUCGCAGAUCCCAUGAAGUGUUUCAGCUUGGACACUUAUUGAUGUUCCCCGUCUUCGCUUUCCUGAUGGUCCACGGCACAGUGGGAUACCUCCAAUGGCCAAUGAUGGGCUACUUCCUGGCUUUCCCUGUGUUACUAGUCCUCGUUGAGCGAAUAGUGAGGACUUGCAAUGGGUUCUCACCCCUUGCUGCAUAUCUCGAAAUUCUUGACAAGGAGACUGUAUGCAUUACCGUCAUGAUGCCUGGAUCCCGCAACUUCGACUACAGAGCUGGACAGUACGUAUUGCUGCAAGUACCAGCGCUCAGUCGCUGGCAAUGGCAUCCCUUCACCAUUUCCACAUGCAUAGGAAACGAGCUCCAACUCCACAUCAAGACCGACGGCAAUUGGACGGGCAACCUCCGCAAAUUAGGCACUUCUUCAGCAGCCGUGAAGAUCAAAAUUGGAAUAGAUGGUCCUUAUGGUGCUCCAGCACAACGCUUCUACGAUUUUGAGCAGACCAUCAUCGUUGGUGCUGGGAUCGGCGUCACUCCGUUCUCUGGCAUCCUUACCGAUCUACAAGCUAAGGAAGAGCAGCAAAUGGGAAUGAAGAAACCAAGUCCAAGCACAACAGACCUCUCAACCUACGACCUCUCAACCUACAAACGCGUAGACUUCCACUGGAUGGUCCGCGACCGCAACAACCUACUCUGGUUCUCCGACCUUCUAAACUACAUCUCCGCAACCACAGCCUCAUGCUCCUCACCCAGCAACAUAGAUUUCAGAAUCACCACCCACGUAACUCAAAAGCGCAAAACCCUUUCCACGCAUAUCUUUCGCUGGCUGCUUGAAAAACAUCGCACGCCCGAGCAUCCAGAAAGUCCCAUCACUGGUCUGAUUAAUGCAACCCACUUUGGGCGUCCGGAUAUGAAGACAAUCAUGAACAAGCAUUAUGAGGAUAUGUGUGUGUUGCUAGCUGCAAAGAAAGACUUGCACAGAAACAACAAGAAGAAAUUAGAGGACUUGGAGAGUGGGAUCAGAGUUGGAGUUUUCUUUUGCGGCGCUCCGGUCGUGGGAUAUCAGUUGGCAGAUUCGUGUAGAGCAUUGACUGCAAGGGGCAGAGAGGACAAGACAUUCAUUGAAUAUCAUUUCAUGAUGGAGGUGUUCGGUUGA